CAGUCCUCAGUGCGCCAGCGUGCGGUGUGGAGCGGUCGCACGCGCGCCCGUCAACGUGCGGAGCAUCACGCGUGGACGGCCAGCUGUCAAACUCUCUCUUUGCGUGUGUCGCUCGCCGACGAUUCCGGUGAAUCGUCGCUAAGUGAAUCAUCGCCGUUCCAACGGGUCAAGUGACUCGUGAUCGUGCGACCGUAUUCCUGAUUUCCGGCGAACCGUGACCCCGUCGCGCAACCCCGCGUAAUUCCCGUAGCCUCUGAAAGAUGUGCGUCGUCUUUGACAUCGCGAAACCGGCAUCGAGUGGUUUUUAUCGAAAGGACGUUCGACGGGCGUACGCGAGUUACUCGUAGAGGGAACGCGUCGCGAAGGGAUACACUCCCGUCGUUUUCAUUCCCGAAGAGUGACGCACGAGGAAUAGCGCGAUGACGGAGCUCGCCAAGGAGGCGUUCACCUCUCGCAACUACCACCUGGCGGUCGAGCUGUACGAGCGAUGUCUGAAGCAACAAGGUUCGAGCUACGAGGUGCUGCUCGGCUACGGCGACUCCUUGGUCAAGUGCGCUCGUAUCAGGGAGUCCAUUGAGAUCUACUCCAGGUGCUCAACCGCGAUGUCUGUGCCGACCGAGAGACUGAAACACCUGGCGACCGCACUCCUCGAAGAUAUGGUCGGCGUCGCAACGAGCUCCAGACGUCAGAGGCUAGAGACAUCAUUUGCGUGUCCUCUGUGCGAAGGCACCCUCUGUCAACCGGUGACCACCGGCUGUGGUCACACGUACUGCAGGAACUGCGUGGAUCCAUCGAAGAACUGUCGCGUGUGCGGGAUUAAAAUCGCUGUUGUGGGUGAAACGAAUGUGCUAGUGCAAAGACUUGUGGAGAGAUGGUGGCCACGAGAAAUGGAAGCCAGUCGGGCAAGGCACGAGGGUGAUAUCCUCGUGAGGAAAGGUCACCUAGGUCAAGCUCUCGAGAGAUACAACCUGGCGGUUCAUCUCGCACCGAAUAGCCCGCUCCACCUUAGCAACAGGGCUCACGUCUUGCUCCUGUUGAAUAGGCCUUUAGCCGCUCUCACGGACGCUGAUCAUGCAGUUAGAUUGAGGCCAGACUGGGGCAAGGGGCACUAUAGAAGAGGGAUCGCUUUGUCGGCGCUGGGAAGGCACGAAGAAGCGCUCUAUGCUCUCUGCAUUAGCGUGGCUAUUGACAAAAAUCCGCAAGCUGUACGCCAUGAAUUGACUAAAAUUCUGCACAAAGUGUUGUCGCCUAAGAUACAUCGACAAAGUGUUCUAUCGUCACGCACGCCGUAUAGUUUAACAAAGAGCGCGUCACGCACGAGGAAUCGUCAUCAACUAGUGAACCCCAAGCGAAACCGACACGCUGCCCUGAACAGGUCCGAUUGUGAGGACAAUAGCAGUGGCGAAGAAGAAUUCACACAGACAAUAAACAGAAGAAUUCGGUCUUCUAUUGUACCGCAAAUCAACACGAAGCUACAAGCAAGUUUAGAUCGUGUUUAUCAGGACAUAGAAAAAUUAAAAAGAAUCGAACCGAGACCCGCCGAAAUCCUCUUGCCAACUCUUUCCGGCGGCACUGCUGGAGAAUUGGAUUGCAUCUUAUGUUGUCGCUUGCUUUGGAAACCUGUCACGACACCCUGUGGUCAUACUUAUUGCUGGAUGUGCCUGGACCGUUGCUUGGAUUAUUCUUCGGCUUGUCCUUUGUGCGUCACGUCUUUGGCUGACUAUCUAGCUAGUAAUCAAAAAACUGUGACGGAUUUCGUAGAGAGAGCACUUAAAACAAUAGCGCCCGCGGAAUAUACCUCCAGAGCUGUGAGUCAUCAGCUCGAACUUGUCCAAGGACUCGGUCUUUUGGGUAACGAACAGAUCGCCGUCUUCAUCUGCACGACAGCUUUUCCCUGCGUUGCCUGUCCCUUGUUUGUCUACGAGCCUAGAUACAGGCUGAUGGUCAGAAGAUGCGUGGAAAGCGGAGUGCGCCAAUUUGGAAUCGCUGCAUGUCUCAACAAGGAGGCAACAGGCACGAAAAGAUAUGCGGAAUAUGGAACUAUUCUAGACAUUCGAGAUCGAGUAUUGCUCAAAGAUGGUUGCAGUAUUCUGAGCACGGUCGGAAGUAGGAGAUUUAGGGUACUUUCUGGUGGAGAAAAGGAUGGUUAUGAUACAGCACAAGUAGAAUUUCUCAGGGACACCGUCGUACAAAAAGAUCAAUUAUUAAAUCUUCUGGAGCUACAUGAUAAGGUGCGAGCAAAGGGUCGAAGAUGGUGGGACACAGUGUCAACUUCUCAGAAGUCCGAAAUCCAACGGGUGUUCGGUCGUAUGCCGGACACAGAGGAGGAGUGGCCACGUCUACCGGAUGGUCCAUCGUGGGCAUGGUGGUUACUUGCAAUUUUGCCGCUGGGACCGCAGCUGCAAGUGGGUAUCCUGGGUACUACUAGUUUGGAGAAACGGCUACGAGCUAUCGAGAAAACUCUCGAUCACAUGGAGCAAAGACAAUUGACAAUCGCGGCUGCCCCUUCCGAACAAACAACAACAUCGUCCAGCAUCUGCAGAGAUGGAAGAGCAAUUACGGAGACGGCGAUGUCGGUUAUUCAACAAUCAUAGAAAGCAACAAAGCGUCGCGAUAUUUUAGAAGCAACCGAUGUCAUUCUGUGGCCUGGAAAUAGGAUCGCGCUCUUUGUGGUCCGAAUUUAUAGUUGUUUUUCAGAUCUCAAGAUUAGUCUAUCUUUUUCUCGGAUACUACGUUUUAUAUACGAGAGACAAAGACAAAAUGAUUUUGAGAUCUGAGAAACAUCUAUGAGUUUGAACCUGUAUGUCGCCUUCUACGAAGAAUUUCAAGUAGCAAGAGACAGCAAUCUUAAGUAAUAAAAAUUAUUUUUAAAAUCUAUAAAAUUUACUGAAUAUUUCUCCAAUUUGCCAGAUGAAGUUUGAUAUAUCAUUUGGUAGAGUUGAUUAAGAUACAAUAUCUAAUUUUUCCACAGACUGCAAAAGUCUCCAAUAUUGCAUUUACUAAGCCAUAUUUAUGAUCUUAUCGCAUUCUGAUGGAAGACACGAGAUGUUUCUCUACAGCCAUGUCACAGGGGAGGGGCAUUUUCGUCAUUUACCUUCUAAGUUACUAAUUUAGUCGGUCGAAUCUUUUCUACGUCGAUCUCUUAUCCGUUGCUCCCGCAACGCCGUUCCUCGAUUGACCCUUCGACUCUACUUGACGUACAAAACAUCUAUAGAAUGCUUAGAAUCUAUAGGAUUCUUGGAACGCCUUUGUAAGAAAAUUGGGUCGAUCGAUCAGCAAACGCACCUAUUCUUCGAUUUCGUUCGGCGGAGAGUUUCGAGCGACUCCUCUCUCUUCUUAGAUCUAGCAAGGAAAAGUAUGGAAGUAUUUGGAAGUACCAUUCACCGAUUUUGAUAACUUUCGGAUGUUUCUAUUAUUUUUGAACUGUUCUGACAUAUCCGAAAUUUAUUAAAAAUCAACAAAGCACAUUUCCAUACACUUCCGAAUAAGUUAAGUUUCAACCCGAGCACUUUGCAUCUCGUGCUCGUUAAAUCUUCUGCUGGGCGCCUUAUCGACGAGACGUUGAAAAGAAAUAAAUCCUCCGAAAAUGCGACGUGAUAAUUAUGAUUAUUAUUAUUUUAACUUAAUGUUAAGGUAUAAACAAUAUUUAUUUUUAUGCAAUAUGUCAUUUUUUAAUAAUAUACAUAUAAUAAAUUAUUACAAAAUUAAUUACUUAAUAAUUGUUUAUUAACGUAACAAAAUUAAUUGUGACACGAGAAACAACGUUAAUCUAUAAUAUGCAAAGAUUUUGUGAUCACAUCGAUGACCAAUGACAUAUCUGAGAAAUCGCGUUUUUUCGAUAAGGCGUACCAAUCCUCUUCGCGCUAUCGCAAUAUGCAAAUCUGUUCUUCCAAAACGUUAUAUGGAUAUUUAUUAUGUAUAUCUAUAUAUAUGUAUACACACAUAUUUAUGUAUACACAUUUAAACGCGUAUACGUGGCAACUGGAAAGUAAGUUGCCUUGUUCUAAACAUUUCAAUGUGUCAUGACGCACAAAUGCUAUUUGAGUGCAAUUGUACACAUAACGAAUGAAAUAAAAAAUUUAACGAGAUUUUAGUGCAAGUAGAUUCAAUGAUUUUUAUAUUAUUAGCCAUUUUAAUUAAUUUUUUUUAAAUAUAAAUUAUAAAUGAUUUUUUUGAAAUUAUUUUAAUAAUUCUUAUUUUCUGUACAUACAUACAAUUAUAAUAUUACUAAUUACAUACAACUUUUUCGUUUUGACUGUAAAAAGAUCUCGUUAAAUUUUUAUUAAAAAGAUAUAUAUAUAUUAUUUUGAUUUUAUACAUAUGCAUGUUAAGGAACUUACUCCUGUUGCACGUAGAUGCAUCGAAAUCUCUCGUGCACGAAAAUUCGUCAAUGAGCGAGUGCAUCAAGUGGAAAUUUAUACUAUCGAUAAAAUUAUCAUGGCUACUAUGACGCAAAUUGUCUAUUUUGCAUAAUACAUGUGUAUAUUUGUAUGACUAUAAUUAUUAGAACGUUGAUUAAUUAUUCUAUUAGAAUAAUAAUUAUCUAUCAAUUUCUUAAAAAUAUUAAAUAGUAUGUUAAAAGAAUUGAAGCAGGGGAGUACAUAUACAAAUAUUUAUAUUAUAAUUUAUUCAUCGAAUGAUUAUCUAUAAUAUAUCAAGAUAUAAAUUAUUAUGAGUUAUUAAACAAUUUUUUAUUUGCGACAUAAUGCACAUGUCAAACGUAACUCGAUAUUGUAUAAUUCAUUUGUGCAUUCGCUCUACGAACGUUUCACGAGUCUGCCGGUACAAUCACGCGCGAAAGUGCGAUUGUAGAGAGAAGUUUGAUAUCUGCUAAACAAGUUUAUUCGAAGAAGCACAAAUAUUCUCGAAUAAGAACGGGAUUCUUUUCGGCUCUUCGACGUCGUUGCACGAUCACGAAUCACGGGAAUUUUCCGGAUCGUACAAACGAUCGCCGUACUGAUUUUACACAACAACGGCUGAUUCGCGUGUCCGGUGGCCCGAAAUCCCGAAAAUCUUUUUAUACCGCUAGAUUUAUUCCGUCGCUCGUAAGAUUUUUCGAUUAUGGCUAGCACGUAAUAAUUUAUUUAUGCGGCUUUUCGUACCGUCGAGACACAGCGAUCGCCUGAGGAGCUAAAAUUGUCAUAUCAAUCGUAUAAUCAAGUAUUUGUGAGAAACAUGGUUAGUACGGUUGUUGUUAUUUAUUAUUGUAAAUAAUUUUAUAGAUUAUUAAAUUUUUUUAAUCUUAUUACUUGUUGCUUGAAGGCUAACCUAAAAGAGAAUAUUCCAAAAGAAAUUAUUUCUCAGUUCAUUAACUUGUCACAUCAAGCAAUAAAAUAUCGAUUAACUUUUUUUAAAAUAUUCCAUUUCUGGUAUAUUGUGAAAUAUAAUUUGCACAAAUAUUGUAGAUAUGUUUUAAAUUAACUUAUAUAAUAUGUAGUUAAAUUUGUUCCCACAAUAACAGGUUUCUCUAUUAGCUCUUUUAAAUAAAUUGAGAAAAAAUAACUAGAAAAUGAAUAAAUCUAUAUAUCCUAUCUAAAUAACAUUAUAUCUUUUAAAUAUUGUUCAACUUGGAAGAUAUUGCAUUAUUUAA